GAACGCAACGCCUGCGAACGUGGCGGUGGAAGCCGUCUGAGCAACGCGUGACCUCCUAGGAUCGCAUCUGGAGAGCUCUCGGUGCUCUUCCAGCUUCGGAAACGGGAGGGAGAGACACCGCAGAUGAAUACCCAUUCCCUCGCUAGCCUCCAGAGUGGCCAGCGAGCGGAAGAUAGUCUGCUACACAUGCUGUGAGUGCAGUAACACAUCGCCUUUGUGUCGGGUUUCCCUUCUCAUACCGGUCCUGUUUCUCUUAGGCACCAUGCCUGCCCUCAGACCUCUCGUGAAACCUAAAAUCGUCAAGAAGAGGACCAAGAAGUUCAUCCGCCAUCAGUCUGAUCGCUAUGUCAAGAUCAAGCGCAACUGGCGUAAACCGAGAGGUAUUGAUAACAGAGUUCGCAGGCGGUUCAAGGGCCAGAUCCUGAUGCCCAACAUUGGCUAUGGUAGCAACAAGAAGACAAAGCACAUGCUGCCCACGGGGUUCAGAAAGUUCCUGGUCCACAACGUCAAAGAGCUGGAAGUGCUCAUGAUGAGCAACAAGUCGUACUGCGCAGAGAUUGCUCACAACGUGUCUUCCAAGAACCGGAAGGUAAUCGUGGAGAGAGCCGCUCAGCUCGCCAUCAAGAUCACCAAUCCCAAUGCCAGACUGCGCAGUGAGGAGAAUGAAUAAACCAGCUUCUACAUCCAAGAUGUAUUUAAUAAAGUGUAAAAACGAAC